AUGGAGAACAAGGAGACCUUCGCCUUCAAUGCUGAUAUUCAGCAGUUGAUGAGUUUAAUCAUCAACACGUUCUACAGCAACAAGGAGAUCUUCUUGAGAGAACUUAUCUCUAACGCGUCUGACGCGUUGGACAAGAUUCGCUAUGAGGCGAUAACUGACCCUGAGAAGCUGAAGACAAAGCCUGAGCUGUUCAUUCGUUUGAUUCCUGAUAAGGCAAACAACACUCUGACAAUUGAAGAUAGCGGUAUUGGUAUGACAAAGGCAGAGUUGGUGAACAACCUGGGUACCAUUGCUCGUUCAGGAACAAAGGCGUUCAUGGAGGCACUACAAGCUGGAGGAGAUAUAUCAAUGAUUGGGCAGUUCGGUGUUGGUUUCUACUCCGCUUAUCUCGUUGCCGACAGCGUGACGGUUGUUUCAAAGCACAACGAUGACGAGCAGUAUGUGUGGGAGUCUGCUGCUGGAGGUUCUUUCACUGUGCAGAAGGAUGACAAGUACGAGCCCCUAGGCCGCGGUACUCGCAUCAUCUUGCACCUUAAGGAAGAUCAGGGAGAGUAUCUUGAGGAGAGACGUCUGAAGGAUUUGGUAAAGAAGCACUCUGAGUUCAUCUCCUUCCCCAUUGAGCUCGCUGUGGAGAAGACCCACGAGCGCGAGGUGACGGAGAGCGAAGAAGAAGAGAAGAAGGCUGACGAGAAGGCUGAGGAGAAGGAGGGUGAGAAGGCAGAGGAAGGAGAGGAGAAGAAGGAGGGAGAGGAGGAAAAGAAGGAAAAGACAAAGAAGACAAAGAAGGUCAAGGAAGUCACCAGAGAGUGGGAGCAGCUGAACAAGCAGAAGCCUCUGUGGAUGCGCAAGCCAGAGGAGGUGACAGAAGAAGAAUAUGCGUCCUUCUAUAAGUCUCUUUCAAAUGAUUGGGAAGAGCAUUUGGCUGUGAAGCACUUCAGUGUUGAGGGUCAGCUCGAGUUCAAGGCUCUCCUCUUCGUGCCCAAGCGCGCCCCCUUCGAUCUCUUCGAGACUCGCAAGAAACGCAAUAACAUCAAGCUGUAUGUACGCCGUGUGUUCAUCAUGGAUGAUUGUGAAGAUAUCAUUCCUGAAUGGUUGAACUUCGUUAAGGGUGUUGUAGACUCUGAGGAUCUGCCUCUCAACAUCUCCAGAGAAAGCCUUCAGCAAAACAAAAUCCUUAAGGUUAUUCGCAAGAACUUGGUCAAGAAGUGCCUCGAAAUGUUCGCUGAAAUCGAAGAAAAGAAGGAAAAUUACACCAAGUUCUACGAACAGUUCUCCAAGAACCUCAAGCUCGGUAUCCAUGAAGACAGCGCCAACCGUGCAAAGAUCGCAGAGUUGCUGCGCUUCCACAGCAGCAAAUCUGGAGAAGAUAUGGUCUCGUUCAAGGAGUACGUUGAUCGCAUGAAGGAGGGUCAGAAGGACAUCUACUACAUUACUGGAGAAUCUCGCCAGACAGUGGCGAACUCUCCUUUCCUGGAGAAGCUUACAAAGAAGGGAUACGAAGUGCUGUACAUGACAGACCCCAUUGAUGAAUAUGCAGUACAACAGCUGAAGGAGUUCGACAACCACAAGCUGCGUUGCUGCACAAAGGAGGGUCUUGAAAUUGAUGAGACAGAGGAGGAAAAGAAGAAGUUCGAGGAGUUGAAGGCAGAGUUCGAGCCCCUUCUUAAGCUGAUCAAGGAAGUACUUCAUGAUAAAGUAGACAAGGUUGUCCUCUCUAACAGAAUUACUGAUUCUCCUUGCGUCCUUGUUACAACCGAAUUCGGUUGGUCAGCGAACAUGGAGCGUAUUAUGAAGGCACAGGCUCUCAGAGAUAACAGCAUGACGAGCUACAUGGUCAGCAAGAAGACAAUGGAGGUGAACGGACACCACAGCAUCAUGGUUGAGAUCAAGAACAAGGCAGCAGUAGACAAGUCUGAUAAGACUGUUAAGGAUCUUAUCUGGCUCCUCUACGAUACAGCACUCCUUACAUCAGGAUUCAGCUUGGAGGAACCCACUCAGUUUGCUGCUCGUAUCCACCGCAUGAUUAAGUUGGGUCUGUCUAUUGAUGAUGAUGAAGAGGCUAAGGAAGACGACCUGCCUCCUCUUGAGGAAGUUGAGGGCGCAGCUGAUGAGGCAUCCAAGAUGGAGGAGGUAGACUAA